AUGGUGCAUCUACUGGGCGUAUCUGUCGCAAGCAUUAUCGGUCUAAACGUGCUGUCGACCCUAGGCCUUCUCACCACGCAAUCCAAACCCACACGCACAAUCCUCUGCGCGGCUCUGUUCGGGCUCACUGGUGUUUUUCAGUAUGCGUUUACGACGUGGUAUCAAAACCGAAUGCACCGCGGCCUUGCAGCCAGUAUUCUAUGGGCGUAUUUGCUGAGUGCCGCCGAGUUGUUGCUCCUUUCUGAAGUUGACUUGAAGCACGCCCCAAAUCCAAAGGGGAACGCCCUGUCGAGUGAAAAUAUCAAGUGGGCGUUUUUCCUGUCGUGGAAUUUUCGACGCAUUGGCACCAAAUGGGAGGUUCGAAAUGUACCUUCAUUCGGUAGCACGUUCGAUAGUAAACCGCCUUCACGAUGGGAAUUUCUCCGGAAACGACUGUUGAUUGUCGUGAUUGCGUCUCUUUUCCUGGAUGGCAUGACUGCUGGUCCUCCACCAGAUAUGGAAAUGUUCUCUGAACAAAAACAGUACCUCAACUUUUCAAGAUUGGGUCAGCUCGAUACUGAAGAAGCCAUCACGAGGGUUAUUCUGACUAUGACUAUUGCACUCAAUGCCGCGCUGCCGAUCUUGAUCACGUACUAUGCGACUUCCAUUGUUCUUGUUGUUACUGGUCUGAGCAUGCCAGUGGAUCUUCCACCAUUAUAUGGUGCGAUUUUGGAAUGUUAUUCCGUGCGUCGGUUCUGGGGCAAUCUGUGGCACCAAUGGCUUCGUCGUGGUUUAACAGCCAUUGCAACUUCAAUAAACACUUCACUUGCAAUCCCUCGCACGUCCAAUCUAUAUCGUGUUACCAUGCUUCUAUCUGUGUUUUUCAUUUCAGGCUGCAUCCACCACCUUAGCGACCUAGCCAUUGGAAUCCCACAAUCCGAAGCAACCGGUUUCUAUUUCUUCAUGAUGCAGCCACUUGCUAUUAUAUUUGAGGAUGCCUUUGAGGGUAUUUAUUUCCAGUAUAUUCGGAAAGGCAAAGGAGUAGAGCAAAAUCUCAGAUCAUGGGAGUAUGCCGUUUGCUACGUGUGGGUGGUUCUCUACUUUACGGCUCUUGCGCCCAUCUGGUUCUGGCCACUCGUGAGACAUACGGAUCCGGUUCUGGAUUCGUUUUUGUUGGUUAGGAUUGUGCCCAGAGUGAUUGGGUUUAUGCAGUAG